CUGUCGAGGCUGGAGUUGGAUCGCAUUAAAAUGGAAGCGCUUUCCCUUGGAUUUAACUUUCAUAUCUUGAAUAACAUUGUGAGACGAAUAGAUGUCACAGGUUGUUUCGAAAACUUAUUCUAUCGCCUGAAUGACCUAACUGCAGUUGAUGAUGACAAGAAGAGCUGGUUCAAAUCUAGGCUGGUCGGCGUUGCAAAUCAAUGCCUCAUUUCUCCCACUUUACAUUCCCAAAUCCUCUUUGAAGAGCAUAAAAGAGCAUUGAAGACUCUCAGAUUGUCGUAUUGCAACCUGAUAAAGGCUUAGUAGU